CAAAUAUCCAAUUCCUAUUUGCAUUGCCUACCUAACCGCGGAAAUCAGAUGGUCGAUACACUUUGCAGUUCGUAACUUUCCAGAGCAAUAACAGCCGUUGAUUUCCGAACACGAUCUGUCCUUCGACGAUGGAAUCGAAGGCAGAUGAUCGCCGGUGCAAGCGCAGCGAUGGUCAAAAGUGGCGGUGCAGGGAAACGGCGUCGUUGGGGAAGUCGUACUGUGAAAAGCACUUGGCGCAGCUCAAGAGUAAGACUAAGAAUAAGAACAUUCAGAGAGAAAGACCCAAAGGAGACAGCGAUACCGAUAAUCCUAUGAAGAACUGUGAAAAGCACUUGGCGCAGCUCAAGAAUAAGACUAGGAAUAAGAAAAUUCAGAGAGAAAGAUCAGACGGAGACAGCGGUUCCGAGAAUCCUGUGAAGAAUUGCAAAUUAAAGGAGGAGAAGCCUAACAAGAAGACGGAGCAGCGUGUGAGCUUGAUGUGCCACCAGUGUCAGCGGAACGACAAGAGUGGCGUUGUCCACUGUUCUAAUUGUAAGAUAAAGCGAUUUUGCUUCGAGUGCAUUGAAAGAUGGUACCCUGGGAAGACAAGAGAGGAAAUAGCGAAGAAUUGCCCAUUUUGCUGUCGCAACUGCAACUGCAAAGAUUGCUUGCGCCAGUUUAUUAAGAAACCUUGCAACAUGAAAGUUGAGCCCAGUGUCAAAUUACAGCGGCUGAAGUACUUGCUAUAUAAAGCUUUACCUGUUCUGAGGCAUAUUCAUACUGAGCAGAGCUUUGAACUAGAGAUUGAAGCCAAAAUACGAGGUGUUCAGUUGAGUGAAAUGGACAUAACGAGAACUAAAAUAGAUCAAAGUGAACGUAUGUACUGCGACAAUUGCUAUACAUCUAUUGUUGAUUUCCACAGAAGCUGCCCCAACCUCCGUUGUUCCUACGAUCUCUGUCUUACUUGUUGCCAAGAGCUAAGGAAAGGCUGCCAACCUGGAGGUAGUGAAUCAGAAACAUCUCACCAACAAUCAGUGGAAAGAGCUCAGAAACAAGUGACUAAAAGCGAGGACAAUACUAAUUUGAAAAGGAAAAGACAUGGCUGGGAGAACCAAAUUACCCUUGCUGCUGUUGAUUCUAAAACUGAUGUGCCUCCUUCUUUUCCUAACUGGAGAGCUAAUCCUGAUGGGAGCAUUCCAUGUCCUCCAAAAGAAUGUGGAGGUUGUGGUAAGGUAAAGCUGGAAUUGAGGCGCAAAUGUAAAGCUAAUUGGGUAACAAAGCUGUUAAAAAGUGCAGAGGAUGUUACUAGUGACUUCAAGAAGCAAGAUAUCGAUAUGUCUCAACGAUGCUCCUGGUGCCAGCUGAAUGAUUCCGAGGAAAAUAAUGACCUACAGUCUGAAGUGAGGCAGGCGGCGUUCAGGAAAAACAGUGAUGAUAACUUCUUAUACUGUCCAAGUGCUGUUGACAUUGCAGAUGAUGAAAUUGAGCAUUUUCAGAGGCACUGGAUGAAUGGGGAACCUGUGAUAGUCAGAAAUGUUCUUGACAAGACAUCUGGUCUUAGUUGGGAACCUAUGGUCAUGUGGAGGGCUUUUAGAGAAACAGGUGCCAAGGUAAAGUUUAAAGAGGAGACACGAAGUGUGAAGGCCAUUGACUGCUGGGAUUGGUGUGAGGUUGAAAUUAAUAUUCACCAAUUUUUCACGGGCUACUUAGAGGGUCGUGUACAUAAAAGUGGGUGGCCAGAGAUGUUGAAAUUGAAGGAUUGGCCCUCAUCAACUUUAUUUGAGGAGCGACUGCCAAGGCAUUGUGCUGAAUUUAUCGCAGCACUCCCCUACAGUGACUAUACUGAUCCAAAAGAUUCAGGCAUAGGUUGUCUCAAUCUUGCUACAAAACUUCCUGUUGAUUCAUUGAAACCUGAUAUGGGACCGAAAACAUACAUUGCCUAUGGAUUUUCUGAAGAGCUUGGUAGAGGCGAUUCAGUAACAAAGUUACACUGUGAUAUGUCUGAUGCGGUAAACGUUCUGACUCACACAACAAGAGUGAAGAUCGCUCCUUGGCAGCAGAAAAAAAUAGAAGGUUUGCAGAGCAAGCAUGAAGCUGAAGACUUGUGUGAACUCUACAAUGAAAGAGAUGACGACAAUGGGAGAGUUAGAGGAAAAUCGUUGAAGAAAACUCACAAACUGCAGAUCAUGAGUGCUGAUUCUGCGGAAUGUACUAAAAGUGAGAACAUUGUGGAGAGUGACCAUCUAAUGCCAAAACAGGAACAGUUGUCAGAUUCCGUGGAUCUAGGUGGCAUUGUCAGACAUGAAGAAACAGAGUAUGUUUCGGAAUCUCCUGAUACUCUGAGUCUUGAUCAUCAGAGGAGUGAACGGAUACAAUCCGCCUUGCCUCAUACAAAUAAGGUUGAAGCAGAGCAAGAACAUGUUCAAUGUUCCAGUGACAUGAUGAUUGGGAGGCUUGGAGGGAAAGAUGCUUCAGGGUUUUGUUUCUCAGGCAAUAACACAGUUGAUGAUAUAAAAAAGUCAAACGUGAGGCAAACAAAGGAUUCUCUUGAAAGUAAUGAUGGGUUAGACGCUGCCCAUGGUGGUGCUGUUUGGGACAUCUUUCGCAACCAGGAUGUUCCCAAGUUAAUAAAGUACUUGGAUAAACACAAGAAAGAGUUUCGCCACAUUAAUAAUCAUCCUGUAGAUUCUGUUGUUCAUCCUAUUCAUGAUCAGACUCUUUACUUAAAUGAGAGACAUAAGAAACAACUAAAGCAGGAGUUCAAUGUGGAGCCUUGGACAUUUACGCAAUACCUUGGUGAGGCAGUUUUUAUUCCCGCAGGAUGUCCUCAUCAAGUGAGAAAUACACAAUCUUGCAUAAAGGUAGCACUUGAUUUUGUAUCUCCUGAGAGUCUUGAAGAAUGUCUUCGAUUGACUGAAGAGUUCCGUUUGCUCCCAAAAAACCAUAGAGCCAAGGAAGACAAAUUGGAGGUGAGAAAGAUGACACUUUAUGCUGUAAGUUCAGCUCUAAGAGAAGCCGAAAGUUUGAUGUCAAAGCUUGAGUAAGGAUGGAGCUCUAACGGCAAGAGGUUAUGGGUUCGAAAUCUCCAAACGAAAUCUCUCACUUAUUUGUUAAUUUGCAAGGUGGAGGAUGAGGUUGUACAUUUAUGUUUCUCUAUGCCUGCAUUUGUUCGACGUGUUUGCGCGUUGUAGGAUGGAGCUGCAUGUAAGGGACUAUGUGAAUGAGGGCGUUGGUUUUGCAUACAUUGUUGGCCCACUCCCUAACAGUUUAAGCUUUUGGGGUUUAGUGGUUACCCAACAUACUAGUAGCCAGACAAUUGUUUGGUUAUGCUGUGUGCCUAUUGAAGUCAAUCUUGAAGGAGUUGCUGCUUUGUGGAGACUUCAUUGACAAUGUUGGAGCUGCUCCAUGAACAACCUUGGUUGUGAAGCCCCCAACAAUCAAUGAAGACAAGAGAAGUUGUUUUCAAAAGCAAAAGUGGAAAGUAUCUACAGUAGAUAUGAAUGGGAGCAUAUGGUGGCAAUCAAACACAAAUACAAUGAAAACGUUGUAUGGCAAGCAUGCUGAUAACUUCCCCCGUAUGUUAGGACUCGGAUCCGGGACCUUGCUUGAGGGAACAAUUAGUCCAAACCACUACACUAGUGGGUCCUUUGCAAACUAUAUCAUCUUUUAACUGGACUGAUUUGUUGUGACUGCUACGUGGCAAGGAACAGUCGACACAAGUUUCUCCUCGAUGGGGGAUAAUGACAUCAAACCCAUUGAAAAUUGAACAGGAGGAGUAACCAGUUGGGCAAGAACUACAAGGCUUCUAAUCUACUUUUGUAUGAUCUCAUAAAAAAUAACAGAAUUUUAUGCAUUCACAGAAGGCGUCGUGUAUAAGGCUUUGCUAAUUGCGUACUUGCAAAAACAACUUAAGUUACUAGCUGUUACACCCUUCGCUCUCCUAUUCCUAAAGUUUAUCUUUUGGUGUGACUUUGACACUAGUUGUUGUCAUGUGGUUUAUUUUUUCACCUUGAAUCUUGAAGGUUAUAUUUUUCUCUA